GAGCCUAACGAUGUGAGGUUGCGCACUGGCAGAACGAGCGACGCAUGAAGAAGCGCAACAGGAGUUGAACGCGCCCAGUCUCUAUUCAACUCUAUCCAGAUACAAUUCUAAAGUUGGUAUUGGGAUGUACGACUUUUCUCUGUUUCCGUGGAUUUGAAUAAACGACGUUUUUAUUUAAUUUUGUUUUCAUCUGCCUUCACUUGUAAUCUCUUCGUGUUAGAAAAGUUGGUAUUUGUUUUACAAAAAUGGAGCGAAAAACGCCGGGCAAUCUUUCUUGCUGUUGGAGCUUUCUUCUCGCGUACUUCUGGUGCUGUAAUCUCACCGAGUGUUACAAUUUGGAUGUAGACCACCCCAUUAGUUUCAGUGGACCAAAUGGAUCUUUAUUUGGAUAUUCUGUAUUGUUACACAAGAACCAGAAAAACACAUGGUUAUUAGUCGGAGCUCCAGUUGCGAAUUCAUCUUCCUACCCAGCCGUAAAAAAACCAGGAGCAAUUUAUAAGUGCAGCAUCUCGGACAAGAGAGAAUGUCAACAAAUAUCAACAGGUGUGGACAGUUGUGGGAAGACAUGCUUCUCUGAGAGUGACAACCAGUGGCUCGGAGUCAGCCUGUCCAGACAGCCUCGUGAUGGCCAUGUAUUGGCAUGUGGGCAUCGUUGGAAGAACGUGUUCUAUUCCAGGAAAGAAAACCAGAAUAAGCUGCCUCAUGGUGUCUGUUACAGAUACGAGGCUGACCUCAAACAGUCUCAACCACUCAUCCCAUGCUACAAAGAUCACCAACGGAAGUUUGGUGAGGACUAUGGAUCAUGCCAAGCAGGGAUAUCCAACUUUCUGACUGAGGACUUGAUAAUUAUGGGAGCCCCAGGGACAUCGUACUGGACUGGAUCUGUCCUGGUCUACAACACCUCCAGUAGGGUCUUGUCUGCCUAUGUGGAUGACAGCAGCACUGUCCUCUAUGGCAGUUACCUGGGUAUGCUACUCGGUUGGGGCCGCCACUUCCUCCACCCUGACUCCACAGAGAUUGUAGGCGGUGCGCCCCAGCACGGGCAGACUGGUAAGGCCUACCUAUUCAGAGCUGAAGAAAACAUGCUGAAGAUAAUCAGUGAAGUCAAGGGCAGCAAGCUCGGCUCGUAUUUUGGUGCCAGUGUGUGUGCUGUGGACCUGAAUGGAGAUGGCCUGUCUGAUCUACUGGUAGGAUCUCCCAUGUACAGCACCGUGAGAGAGGAAGGACAAGUCCAUGUCUACAUAAACCAAGGAGCCGCUAAUAUGAAGGAAGCAGAGUUUCAGUUGGUGGGAAGCAACUCGUAUGCUGCCAGAUUUGGGGAGACCAUAACUGAUCUGGGAGAUAUUGAUGAUGAUGGCUUUGCUGAUGUGGCAGUGGGGGCUCCGCAGGAAGAAGAGCUGCGUGGGGCUAUAUAUAUCUACAAUGGGAGGAAAACAGGGAUCUCUCAGACCUUCUCUCAAAGGAUCACUGGCUCUGUUCUGGGUAAUGAGUUAAAGAUGUUCGGCCAGUCUGUGUCAGGAGGCAUCGAUGUUGAUGAAAACGGUUACCAAGAUGUAGCAGUAGGGGCCUUCCUCUCAGACUCAGCUGUUGUUCUGAGGACUCGUCCAGUAAUAGUGGUAGAAGCCUUCAUGCCCCUGCCUGUCAGUGUAGACCGCUAUGUAGCGCUGUGUUCUGACAACGGUCUUCCUGCUGUCUGCAUCAAUGCUACAGUCUGCUUCAGGGUCCAUGCUCGACACUUCACCUCUUCAAUAGUGCUCCAGUAUAAUCUGACAGCAGACACACAGCACAAGGAGUCCUUCCCCUCACGUUUCCAUUUCCACGGAAACGGGACGUCCAACACUACAACAGGGUGGGUCAAGACCAGACACGACCACCUGACCUGCGUCCCCCACCAGGCCUUCAUAAGGAAAGAUGUCCGAGAUAUCUUCACACCCAUCCAUUUUGAGGUUUCGUACACUCUCAGAGAGCACACUGUCCAUAACGGAGGAUCCACUUUCCCUGCUCUGAAACCCAUACUGCAGCAGAGAGGGGGGCACGGUAACCUGGUGGCCAAUAAGACAGAGUUUGCUCGGUACUGUUCAUUGGCCAACUGCUCAACCAAUCUGCAGGUCUCUGCUCAACUGGUGUUACCACAGAGACACAACAACAUGCCAUACUUUGCACUUGGCAAUGGGAAGACCAUCAUGUUGAACACAACCCUGGUGAACACGGGAGAUGAUGCAUUCCUCCCCAGACUCCAGCUCCGAUUCCCCAGUAACCUGCACUACAUCAAAGUGCUUGACGCAGAGGAGAAGUUUGUGAGCUGUGACAUUUCAGAGGAGAACAAGACAAUAGUAGGAGUGGAUUGCAGUGUGGGAAACCUAUACCUCAGCUCUGGGGCCAAGGUCAAUAUCAGUUUUCUGUUGGAUGUGAACCAGAGUAGUAGUGUUGGUGACGUUAGCAUCUCCAUCAACGCUAGUGGUGACAAUUAUGAAAACGAGGAUCUUCUGCAUGACAACUCUGCCACUCUGAUGUUACCACUGAGAUAUGGAGUAGAUGUCAACAUUCAUGGGUUUAUGACUCCAACAUCCUUUGUAUUUGGUGACCAGGCACCUAUUCCAGUUGAUUGCUACACAGAGACAUUCAACUACACUUACAAGGUUGUCAAUAUUGGUCCAAGCAAAUCUCUCAACACGAUAGUGGAGAUUGAUAUUCCCAAGAUCCUGUCACCAUAUCCAUACAGAUUACUCCACGUCACAGACUUCCAUACGUCUCUUGGAGAAUGCUCCAUUCGAAACGACUCCAUUGCGGUGGAGGAUGACUGUGAGGUGCCACAGUCCUCUUUCAUCAAAGAACUGGUCUUCUUCUUCUCCAAAACCAGCAAACGCAAAAUGUUCUGUGCCUAUGGUGAUGACCUGUGCCUGACUCUGGAGUGUAGACUAGGAGAUAUGGACAUUGGGAAAGAAGCCACCAUUCACAUGGAAGUGAAGCUGAAUCCUACCGUUCUACAGCUCUCACCUGGACGUCAUGGAGUGAUGCUGAUGGAGAGUACUGGCAUCAUCACAUCACCAAGGGAGGACCCUCAAACCAUCAUCCUACAGAAGAUCCCUAUCGCUCAGGUUGUGUUGGAGGCCCACUUCAGCCAGAAGCCUCAGGCAGCAGUGGAGGUGUUUAUCAUUGUAGUGAGUCUACUGGUGGGACUCCUGAUCCUGGCCCUGCUCAUCUUCGCCCUCUGGAAGGCUGGUUUCUUUAAAAGGCAGUUUAAGAAGGAGGAUGAGAUCAGGAGGGAUAGCUGGGACUAUGUACCAAAACAUUUGACUAAGACUGAGAGUAGAUCCUAAGAUUGAGAUCAAGACAGAGUGACUGUGUCCUAAUACAGAAUGGUUCUAUACUACAACAUGGACUAAGAGGCACAUUUUGACUGAGAUCAUCCAAACCCAAGGGAAAGAACUGCUGGACCAUUCAAAUUGUGAUGGCUCAGAAUGACAAGGAAAGAAAAAAUGUCAUUUCCCUAAAACAUGCAAGAGGAAAAGGCUGACGAAGUGUAAGUUUAAAAUGUGUUGUCAGCGGGACAACUAUAUUACACUUUACCUCUGGGUCUGGUGCAGUGAGACUAUAACACAUUGGAGUGUUUACAUUGAAUGUAUGUUAGAACAUGUAAUGUACAUUAGAACAUGGACUAUGUACAUUAGAACAUGGACUAUGUACAUUAGAACAUGUCAACAUGUCAUGUACAUUAGAACAUGGACUAUGUACAUUAGAACAUGUCAUGUACAUUAGAACAUGUCAUGUACAUUAGAACAUGGACUAUGUACAUUAGAACAUGUCAUGUACAUUAGAACAUGGACAAUGUACAUUAGAACAUGUAAUGUACAUUAGAACAUGGACUAGGUACAUUAGAACAUGUCUUGUACAUUAGAACAUGGACUAUGUACAUUAGAACAUGUCAUGUACAUUAGAACAUGGACUAUGUACAUUAGAACAUGGAUUAUGUACAUUAGCACAUGGGCUACAUGAUCUCAUUGAAAUAGGCUUAUCAUUCCUAUUUUGAUUUCCUACCAAGAUCUCAGGAAGUGAAAACAGAACUUGAUAAAUAAGCACAAACCGAAACAAGAAGGCACUAUCUGUACCUGUCCAUUAAUUGAGGACUGCUCAUUUUCCAUUGCAAAACAUUUUGCCACAGUCUGCCCUAAUGAACAUGGCCCAAGUCUCACAGACCUGACUACUUGGAUUGGGUCGAGGUACGAAACAUUUAUGAAUGCACUGCUGAAGCUUUUCUUUAUGCAUAGGAACGUCAUCUGUAUACACUCAAUGGCCAGUUUAUUAGGUACAACACCUUGUUCACGAAAAUGGUUCACUCCUACAGACAGUGAGUCACGUGGCUUGCUAUAUACAGUGGGGCAAAAAAGUAUUUAGUCAGCCACCAAUUGUGCAUGUUCUCCCACUUAAAAAGAUGAGAGAGGCCUGUAAUUUUCAUCAUAGGUACACUUCAACUAUGACAGUCAAAAUUAGAAAAUAAAUCCAGAAGAUCACAUUGUAGGAUUUUUUAUGAAUUUAUUUCCAAAUUAAGGUGGAAAAUAAGUAUUUGGUCACCUACAAACAAGCAAGAUUUCUGUCUCUCACAGACCUGUAACUUCUUCUUUAAGAGGCUCUUCUGUCCUCCAUUCGUUACCUGUAUUAAUGGCACCUGUUUGAACUUGUUAUCAGUAUAAAAGACACCUGUCCACAACCUCAAACAGUCACACUCCAAACUCCACUAUGGCCAAGACCAAAGAGCUGUCAAAGGACACCAGAAACAAAAAUGUAGACCUGCACCAGGCUGGGAAGACUGAACCUGCAAUAGGUAAGCAGCUUGGUUUGAAGAAAUCAACUGUGGGAGCAAUUAUUAGGAAAUGGAAGACAUACAAGACCACUGAUAAUCUCCCUCGAUCUGGGGCUCCACGCAAGAUCUCACCCCGUGGGGUCAAAAUGAUCACAAGAACGGUGAGCAAAAAUCCCAGAACCAUACGUGGGGACCUAGUGAAUGACCUGCAGAGAGCUGGGACCAAAGUAACAAAGCCUACCAUCAGUAACACACUACGCCGCCAGGGACUCAAAUUCUGCAGUGCCAGACGUGUCCCCCUGCUUAAGCCAGUACAUGUCCAUGCCCGUCUGAAGUUUGCUAGAGAGCAUUUGGAUGAUCCAGAAGAAGAUUGGGAGAAUGUCAUAUGGUCAGAUGAAACCAAAAUAUAACUUUUUGGUAAAAACUCAACUCGUCGUGUUUGGAGGACAAAGAAUGCUGAGUUGCAUACAAAGAACACCAUACCUACUGUGAAGCAUGGGGGUGGAAACAUCAUGCUUUGGGGCUGUUUUUCUGCAAAGGGACCAGGACGACUGAUCCGUGUAAAGGAAAGAAUGAAUGGGGCCAUGUAUCGUGAGAUUUUGAGUGAACCUCCUUCCAUCAGCAAGGGCAUUGAAGAUGAAACGUGGCUGGGUCUUUCAACAUGACAAUGAUCCCAAACACACCGCCCGGGCAACGAAGGAGUGGCUUCGUAAGAAGCAUUUCAAGGUCCUGGAGUGGCCUAGCCAGUCUCCAGAUCUCAACCCCAUAGAAAAUCUUUGGAGGGAGUUGAAAAUCCGUGUUGCCCAGCAACAGCCCCAAAACAUCACUGCUCUAGAGGAGAUCUGCAUGGAGGAAUGGGCCAAAAUACCAGCAACAGUGUGUGAAAACCUUGUGAAGACUUACAGAAAACGUUUGACCUCUGUCAUGGCCAACAAAGGGUAUAUAACAAAGUAUUGAGAUAAACUUUUGUUAUUGACCAAAUACUUAUUUUCCACCAUAAUUUUUAAAUAAAUUCAUUAAAAAUCCUACAAUGUGAUUUGCUGGAUUUUAUCUUUCUCAUUUUGUCUGUCAUAGUUGAAGUGUACCUAUGAUGAAAGUUACAGGCCUCUCUCAUCUUUUUAAGUGGGAGAACUUGCACAAUUGGUGGCUGACUAAAUACUUUUUUGCCCCACUGUAAAGUAGGCAGACCGGCAUCAAGGCAUUCAGUAACUCUUCGAUUGAACAUUAGAAUGCGCAAAAUGAGUGACCUAAGCGACUUUGAGCAUGGCAUGAUCGUCGGUGCCAGGCGCAACAGUUGCAGUGUCUCAGAAACGGCCGGCAUCCUGGGCUUUUCACGCACAACAGUGUCUAGGAUUUAACGAGAAUGGUGAGACAAACAAAAAACCUCCAGUCAGCAGCAGUCCUGUGGACAAAACAGCUCGUUGAUGAGAGGUCGAAGGAGAAUAGCAAGAAUCGUGCAAGCUAAGAGGUGGGCCACAAACAAGCAAAUAAUGACGAAGUACAACAGCAUCUCAGAACAUUGUCACGGAUGGGCUAUUGCAGCAGACCACCAUACCGGGUUCCACUCCUAUCAGCUAAAAACAAGAACAAGUGGCUCCAGUGGGUACGCGAUCACCAACACUGGACAACUGAUGAGUGGAAAAACAUUGCCUGGUCCGACGAAUCCCGGUUCCUGUUACAUCAUGCUGAUGGCAGAGUCAGGAUUUGGCAUAAGCAGCAUGAAUCCAUUGCCUCCUCCUGCCUUGUGUCAACGGUACAGGCUGGUGGCGGUGGUGUAAUGGUGAUGGAAAUGUUUUCCUGGCACACUUUAGGUUCCUUGAUACCAAUUGAGCAACGUUUCCAUGCCCCAAAGAAUUCAGGUGUGUCUGGAGGCAAAGUGAGGUCCGACCCGGUACUAGAUGGGUGUAACUAAUAAACUGGCCGUUGAGUGUAUAUCGAUAUAUACACAUCUAUAUGUCAAAUCUAUAUCAUCAAUAGAUGUGUAUAUAUGUAGAAGUGGAUGGGACAGACGUUUAAGCUUAUUUAUGUAGUAUAGAACUGAAGACAACAGAAGGAUGAGGAGGACAGUGUAGUGUCAUCUGUGAAAAAAAGGGGCUGUUGUUGGGUGUCACUCAACUCACUGAAUGACACAUAAAUGACACACUCCUCAAGGGGACAGUACCCUGUGUGUGUGUGUGUGUGUGUGUGUGUGUGUGUGUGUGUGUGUGUGUGUGUGUGUGUGUGUGUGUGUGUGUGUGUGUGUGUGUGUGUGUGUGUGUGUGUGUGUGUGUGUGACUCUCUAGAGCAGGUGUAUUCAACUCUUACCCUACGAGGUCCAGAGCCUGCUGGUUAUCUGUUCUACCUGAUAAUGAAUUGCACCCACCUGAUGUCCCAGGUCUAAAUCAGCACCUGAUUAGAGGGGAACAACAAAGUGUGUGUGAGCAACUCAUACCAGUCAGGUCGUUCAAGAUUGACGUCGAAAUUGGACAUUUAUCUAUGUCCAGAGGAUGUCAAGAAAUGCCUUUUUAUAAUUGUUUUACCCUAUCCCAAACAUUAACCCUUACCUAACCAUUUGGAAGGAGUGCCUAAACUUAAUCUUAACCAUUUCCUUAACCAUUCGGACCAUAACUUCGAAAUUUGACGUUUGGAGACAUGGAACGAUACAGAGCAGCUGGAGCAACAAAACACUUUUAAAUGCGAGGUUUGGAGCAACUUUGAAAUGUGAUUUUUGGAGCGACUUUGAAAUGUGAAUUUUGGAGCGACUUUGAAAUGUGAUGUUGGAGUAACUUUGAUAUUGGAUGUUAUGAGCAACUUCUAAAUUUGAUGUUAUGAGCAACUUCUAAAUUUGACAUUUGCAGAACAGAUGAACAUCUGAUUCUGCAGUGAGACUGUGAGAGCUCGUUGCUCGUACACCAUGCCAGCAGAAGUUUUCAAUGCAGUCAGAACAAAAAAAAUGUAAAAGCUGGUUCUUCAGUGACUCGGAAAUGUUCCUCAAGGCAUAGGAGACAUGCCAGGUCUUAAAUGAAACACACAGAACACUGGCCUUCCCAUUUUUACAUUUUCAUCCCUUUGGAUUCUCUGUUGGAAUCUUUGGAAUCAGUGGAUUGUGUUCUUACUGUAGCUGUAAGGGAUUGGAACAUUCAGGUUUAGGAGAUGUGGUGUGCCUUGAUGAUGAUGAUGUUUUGUUGUUGAAUGAGGAUUAGUAACAUGUUUUUACUGCUUGUAUUUUAAGGUUCAGGACAGUUAAUUCAGGGAGCCAACCUUUCCUGACCAAGUUGUCAGUUAUGACAAAAAUAAAGGGGGCACAUUCCAAUUUGAAUUUCAAUAAAAUGAAAUUAUUAUUAUUUUUUUUAAUAAAUAAGUGUGUGGCGUGUAAAAAUGAA